AUGUUAUGUCUUUUGCAUAAGUCCAUAGAAGAGCUUAAAAAGUUUAAGCUAAAGGGAUACUACCUGUCCUCGUCGCCCCGUCCCUGUCCCAUUGGGACGGUCAGACCCAGUAGGUUGGGCAGAUCUUUGGGACUGAGCCAGAGACAGCAGCGCAUGUCCUUCCUCUUUCGGCCAUGUGGUGGUGCUGUUCUUUUAGUUAUCUUGGCCGCGCUAGUCCAAUAUUUAUUUUCGGGCCCUGGAGAGAGCAGAGAAGUUGGAGGAGGGGGAUUGGCUAAAAGCCACUCCCUUCAAGCACUGCAGGCUGUAUCUCCAUUAGCCUUUCAGAAAUCUUCCCCAGGAAGCUGGAUUAGUGAGUCGAACGGCCGCAGGGCAGUGAACCGAGGCUACGUCACCAGCUUGCUCUGGCUGCACCAGGACUGGCACAGCCGUGACACAGCCAACACCUACGUGCAGAUCCGACGGGGCUUGCUGCUCUGCCUCAAGCACAUUUCUGCCCUCCGGUCUGGCAGGGAGGCCUUCCUGGCAGCACAGGGCAUGGAAAUCCUCUUCAGCACCACACAGAACUGCCUGGAUGACAAGAGCAUGGAGCCCGUCAUCUCUGUGGUGCUUCAGAUCCUGAGGCAGUGCUACCCUAAGAGUCCACUUCCCUUAGUCACAGCCAGCAGUGCCUAUGCCUUCCCGGUCCCUGGGCACAUUGCUACUGAACCUCCAUGUGAUCUACCUGAAGAGGAUUUUGAAGAUGACGGCGAUGACGAGGUGGACCAAGACUCUGAUACUGAAGAUGGGAAAGUGGAAGAUGAUGACUUGGAAACAGAUGUGAACAAGCUAACUUCCAAACCUGGUCUUGACCGACCUGAAGAGGAACUGAUGCAAUAUGAGGCGAUGUGUCUUGAGCUCUCCUAUAGCUUUGAGGAACUGGAGUCCAAACCUGGAGGUGAUCUGAACUCUGAGAAGACUCAGUAUGCGAAUCACCACCACAUUCUGACUGCUGCCUCCUCAAAGCAGCACUGCUACAACAAGGACCAAAGCUCCUGUGGACAAGAAAGGGAAGACUCUGUCCGGAGUUCCCUUCUGUGCAUGGUGAAGACACAAAGGUCCACUGUGCAUCUAGGCUCCAAAAGAAAGCCUGGAGUGAACCCGUACCAAAAUGUGCAAUCCAAUAGUCUUGGGAGAGAUUCUUCUGGAAGUGAAAUCCCUGACAUUCAGGCUUCCCUGAAAGCAGAUGCCUGGGACAUAGAUGCAAUUUUCUGCCCAAGGAUGAGUGCCUCCUUUUCUAAUUCCACUAGGACUGGAGAGGCUGUUGAAGUAAUAGAUAAGCUUCUGCAGACACAUCUGAAGUGUGUCCCUUUCCACGAUCCCUAUCUUUAUAUGGCCAAAGCCAGAAGAACCAGCUCUGUGGUGGACUUCAAGAUGGUGGCAUUUCCUGAUGUCUGGGGACACUGUCCCCCUUCCACCACUCAGCCUAUGUUGGAACGCAAAUGUGGAGUCCAAAGGAUCAGGAUAUUUGAGGAUAUUCGAAGGCUCAUCCAGCCAAGUGAUGUUAUAAAUAAAGUUGUCUUCAGUUUAGAUGAGCCUUGGCCUUUGCAAGACAAUGCUUCCAAUUGUUUACAGUUCUUCUCUAAAUUUGAGUCAGGAAAUCUUCGCAAAGCCAUCCAAGUGCGUGAGUUUGAGUAUGACUUGCUGGUCAACGUGGAUGUAAACAGCACCCAGCACCAGCAGUGGUUCUAUUUCAAAGUGAGCGGUAUGCAGGCGGCCGUCCCUUACCACUUCAACAUCAUCAACUGCGAGAAGCCCAACAGCCAGUUUAAUUAUGGGAUGCAGCCCACCCUGUAUUCCGUGAAGGAGGCCCUUCUUGGCAGACCCACCUGGAUAAGGACAGGCUAUGAAAUAUGUUACUACAAAAAUCAUUAUCGCCAGAGUACAGCUGCUGCAGGCGGAGCAUCUGGGAAGUGCUACUAUACCCUCACCUUUGCUGUCACCUUCCCACACAAUGAGGAUGUCUGCUACCUGGCCUACCACUAUCCCUACACCUACACAGCCCUCAUGACUCAUCUUGACAUCCUGGAAAAGAGUGUCAACCUCAAAGAGGUCUACUUCCGGCAAGAUGUUCUCUGCCAGACGUUGGGAGGGAAUCCGUGUCCCUUGGUGACCAUCACGGCCAUGCCUGAGUCCAACAGUGAUGAGCAUCUAGAGCAGUUCCGACAUCGUCCAUAUCAGGUGAUCACCGCUCGAGUUCAUCCAGGAGAGAGCAAUGCCAGUUGGGUGAUGAAGGGUACCUUGGAGUUCCUGGUCAGCAGUGACCCUGUGGCUAGGCUCUUGAGGGAAAACUUCAUCUUCAAGAUCAUACCCAUGCUCAACCCAGACGGUGUCAUCAACGGCAACCACAGAUGCUCACUGAGCGGGGAAGAUUUGAACAGACAAUGGCUUUCUCCCAGUGCUCAUCUGCAGCCAACCAUUUACCAUGCAAAAGGCCUCCUCUACCACCUGAGCAGCAUUGGCCGAAGUCCCGUGGUUUUCUGUGACUUCCAUGGCCACUCCCAAAAGAAGAAUGUGUUCCUUUAUGGCUGUAGCAUCAAGGAAACCUUGUGGCAAGCAGCAUGCACUGUAGGCACAUCUACUAUCCUAGAGGAUGUCAACUACAGGACUCUUCCCAAAAUCCUUGAUAAACUAGCACCAGCAUUCACAAUGAGCAGCUGCAGCUUCCUUGUGGAGAAAUCUCGAGCCUCCACGGCCCGGGUGGUGGUGUGGAGAGAGAUGGGGGUGUCCAGAAGCUACACCAUGGAAAGCAGCUACUGUGGUUGCAACCAGGGCCCCUAUCAGUGUACAUAGAGGCUGUUGGAGAGGACAAAGAAUGUAAGGGCUCGCCCAAUGGAUGGCCUUCAGGGUCUACAGUUUGGUACCAGAGAACUGGAGGAGAUGGGAGCCAUGUUCUGCUUGGGCCUCCUCAUCCUGGAGCUCAAAUCUGCCAGCUGCAGCCAUCAGCUCCUGGCUCGAGCUGCAACCCUGCUGAGUGCUGAGGAGGAGGCUCUGGACCAGCACCUCCAGCGGUAA